CGAGGGCUUGCUCACUCGCGCGCCGCAGUCAUCAUGCUUCGGUUGAGACAGAUCUUAAUAAUCUGCGCCAGCUGUUUGGUCCUGCUGGCUUCGGCGAGGCCUGACAGCGCUGGCAAUCCACCCUUGCCUGGACCUGGACUGUCAUACGGCGGCAUUCCCUACGGCAGCAUGAGCGGCAACGUAGCCGAGUACUUCAGACGACAGGCGCCAUCUGGCGUGCGAGCACGGAACCUCGCGCCGCACGGCGCAGGAGACGUCGACUUUACUCCGAUUGAGCAGUGGCUGUGAUAGAUGGCGCUAGGUGCAACCAGUUAGUUCUGGUGAAGACUGUAUGGUGGCGCUUAUAUUUGAUAGAUUGAAGAGUUACGGAGAAAGGCUUCAAGGCUUUUUUCUCAAUUAUUGUUCUGUAAAUAUAUGAGCAGUGAUAGGUGUAAUAUAAAAUAAAUUAUCAAGUCAUUAUUUUCAAGUAAUCAACUGAAUUUUGAAUGUAGAGCUCUGAGUGAGAUAUUUGAGUCCUUCAAGUGAUUUAUGGUACAAAAUAAAAUUAAGU